UCAAAAGACAGGACAGGGGUUGGAAUGUUUGUUUUCUGUUUCACACACUGCUGAACAUUCACAACUGCAGGAGGGGUGAACAUUAAGUUUACAAGACUGUCAAGUCUUCAGGCCUACAAUUUGAGCUCUUAAUGUCAGCAGCAUGAAGAUUGAUAUUCAUAAUCAUAUUUUACCAAAGGAAUGGCCCGACCUGAAACAGAGAUAUGGAUAUGGCGGAUUCAUUCAGCUCCACCAUCACUGCAAAGGUGAAGCUAAAAUGAUGAAGGAUGGAAAAUUGUUUAGAGUGAUUCAGGAGAACUGCUGGGAUGCGGAGGCUCGGAUUCGGGAUAUGGACAAACACGGAGUGACAGUACAGGCCCUUUCCACUGUACCUGUGAUGUUCAGCUACUGGGCCAAACCCCAUGACACACUGGACCUGUGUGGGAUAUUGAAUGAUGAUCUGGCUGCUACAGUAAAGCAAUUUCCAAAGCGUUUUGUUGGGCUGGGUACUCUGCCCAUGCAGGCCCCUGAUCUGGCAGUACAGGAGAUGAGACGGUGUGUGAAUCAGCUCGGAUUCCCUGGAGUGCAAAUUGGCUCUCAUAUAAACACAUGGGACCUCAAUGCUACAGAGCUAUAUCCUGUCUAUGCUGCCGCUGAGGAACUCAACUGCUCAAUAUUUGUGCAUCCAUGGGACAUGCAGACAGAUGGUAGAAUGGCAAAAUACUGGCUGCCCUGGUUAGUUGGUAUGCCAACAGAAACUACAAUGGCAAUUUGUUCCAUGAUUUUUGGAGGUGUUUUUGAAAGAUUUCCCAAACUUAAGGUCUGCUUUGCUCAUGGAGGUGGUGCUUUCCCAUACACCAUCGGCAGAAUUGAGCAUGGCUUUAAAGUGCGACCUGAUCUUUGUGCAACCGACAACAAGAUCAACCCACGCAAAUACUCAGGAUCUUUCUACACCGAUUCUCUAGUGCACGACCCACUUUCACUGAAGUUACUCAUGGAAGUCAUAGGAAAGGAUAAAGUGAUGUUAGGCACAGAUUACCCAUUUCCACUGGGGGAACUGGAGCCAGGUGCACUGAUUGAAUCCAUGGAUGGGCUUGAUAGUUUGCUAAAGGAUAAACUGCUUGCUGGGAAUGCUCUGGAAUUUUUAGGUCUGUCAAGAAAACAGUUUGAGUGACUGAUCAGUGUAUCAUAAGUAUGUUACCAGAGAGCUGGGUCAUGAGAAUUAAACCUUACUUUAUUUGCUUUUUUUUUUUUU